AUGGAGAAAGAGAAAGAGAAGCACAAACACCUGAUGGAGGAAGUGAAGUACAGUGGAGACAAGAAAAGGGUUGAGGAAUUUUUUAGGAAAAUGGCCUCCCAGAUUGAGACCACAGAGCUGAAUUCAGAUAAGCCUAAAUCUGGUUCAGCCGAGAGCCAGAUUAAAGAGCACGAAACAGACGUGGAGCUUCUUCAGGCUGAUGCUGCGUUCACUCAGCUGCUGUCAGACAUGAGUGACUUGUACAACCACAGCUCCACAUUUGCGUUUGGGAAAGAUGUGCUGGAGGAAUUGAGCUCCACGGUGGAGGAUGUCUUCGAAGAGAUUCAAGAAGCUGAUGAAUAUUUUCACCACUCAAACAGAGAUGCAGAAUCGCUUUCUUCGUUUGGACAGCAUCCAAAUGGGUAUCUGUGCCGAACGCUCCGCAGACAAGCAUCAGAGUGUUGGCAGCUCCAAAACCUGUGUGAGAACUGCGGAAGCAAUCUAAUAAAAGAGUGUCCCCGAUUGCAGCAGCUGCACUCUGAGAUGGAAGAGAUGCACACCCUGCUGAACGUCUCUCGUCUCCAGUAUGACGACAGGCUGCAGCUCGUCCGCAGACACACAGCGGACACGCAGAGGUGGCUUGCGGACACCGGGGACGAGUAUGGCUGGAUCAGCUGGGUGGCCAAUGUCUCUGGGGCUCAGAGCAACAUCUUCAGGGUGAUCGCAAUGAAUCUGCAGCAACAACUGAGGACUAACAGCCCCGGAGCUGACAGCAGCGUGGUUGUGUCCGUAUUGGAUUCAGCUCCUCUAACUGUAUCGGUCCCAGCAGCUCUGAUGGUGGAGGAUCCUGCUUUCAUGGAAUAUAUUGCUCACCAUGCUCUGACACUCUACAAGCAGCACAUAAGGCGUAAAUGUUCUUCUUAA